CGUGGUAACUUUCGAUGAUACGUUUUACACGAAGUUAAUCGAUUCGAGGUGUCGGCGCGGAAUAGGUUAAUUUUCGUUGGCAAUUGACCACAAAAUUAAUGGCGUGUAAUAGCCGGUGAUAUUUAUUGCAAAUAAUCGCGAUACUCGGAUUCUUCCCCAAAUUCCUGUGUAACGUCAAGAAUGUCUACAUCAUCGAUCUCGAAAAGAGGUACAUCGGUUCGGAACGACGAGCAGUUGUACAUGCUCGAGGUAUUCGUCGAUCGAGUGAACUUCCAACCGGAGCGACCAGACGUAAACGUCCAGGGUUUAACCAUUUUGGUUAAGUUCUCCGAUCUACCGGAGUACGAGCUGAACGUUCUGAAAAAUCGGCGCAACGGUCACGCGGAAAAUCGUGAAUUCGCGGGAAAUUUGAACAUUUUCAAAUCUGGCAAGUCGUGUCUUUUCGCGAAGUCACCGAACAGCCUGAUCAGAGCCAUCAGAUACGCGCCCUUGCGCCUAGAAGUGUAUCACGAGGGAUCUUCUGAGAAAGAGAACAGAGAUCUCUUGGGCACAGCGAAGGUUACAUUGCCCGCCUGCAUGUGCACCUACGUUUCAAACGUCCGAAAUGAAACCGACGGACUUUCCUCGCCGUGCGUAGCAAAAAGCGACUUCGACUUGAUGGACCGAGGUGGCCAACUGGCCGGCAAAGUGUCCACUGUUCUCAGUUUAUCUUGUUUCGGAAGUUCCAUCGUGAAACACUUCCUAUUAAACGGAAAGACAUUCAUGUUGGAAGACUCGCCGAUUCAAAAAUUCCUGUGCCCCUGUCUCGCGCCAAUCGAGCCAAAAGAUGAAAUCGUAGGGCCAUCUUUGAAGCGGCCGGACUCUCCGCCGCGUAUUUCGAUGGGCAAUCCCGGUUUUAAGGAGCUGACCACGGCCGAGAUGCUGAACGAUCCUAAGUUCCGCGAAUUAGUGUACAGAACAUACCCGAAUGAGGCUACCUGCCACUGUCAGCCGACCGAUCGAUCGACGCAUCCGAUGGAAUGUCGUUCCGGCUGCCAGCAAUCCUGCUGCAUGAAGUUGAGGGAUCACGAAGCGUUUCUGACGCACCGGCCGAAACCCGUCGACGAUUCGUUGUCCGAUACUUAUUGCGUCAACGAUUACCCAACUCCGAUGGAAGACAGGCAGGACUGCGCUAGCUCGCGGCUCAGAGGCGGCGGGGACAUCGAGCAAAUUUACCUAAGUCCCCCCGAGUACAAAUGGCCGGACUACGACGCUGACUACACCUGGUGCGAGGAGAAGGCGAUCCGUUUGGAAGGCGGCGGAGAAACGGAGCUAUCGAGCUGCGGGUGUUCCGGUGGCACGGUGCCGGUGAGAAUGUCGCACUCCAGGCAGCAAGCUAUCUUCGACGCUUGCAAGCCUCGUUUCACGUCGACGGGGCCACGGCCUGCCUGCGCUUGCGCCGGUAAGGACACACAAAUGUGGCAUACAGGAGUUGCCAAAUGCUCGAAACAGCCGUGCUCGGGGAUCGACUGUCUGAUCCGAGCUUUCAAGGAAACACAGGAGUUCGUGGACUCUAUUGGCAAGGUGCCGGGCCUGGCGGGACUCGGCUUGAUGGAUCCGUCGGAGAGUCCUUACUUCGGUAGAGACCUCGACAAGGACUACGUACCGAAGGAACCACCGCCGAAAUACAAGGGAAAAGAUGAUACUUCGAUACAUCAGCCCAUAUCGCAAGCUUCUUGCGCGGCACCGUGUAACACAGCAGCGCUCGCAUCGAUGGAUGAUCGUCCACCGGUGCAUUACACUCCCCCCGCUCCUCUGGGAGCCGUUAUGGUACCACCCCGAUUAGGGAUCGUGCGAGAAGCUAUACCAGUUUUGCCGGACGUCGCGCCGAUGGCCCACGGCAGGAGGAAAAGGGACGACAAGAGCGACAGAUCCCGCGAUAAAGACUGCGGCGACCUCUCGACGAUUGGGAUCACGGAUCUAGAGGCUGGCCCUUGUGGGGAGCCCAUGUGCAAAUCGAGGAAAAAGACGAACGGCGAGAGCGUGAACGGUGCCCAGAGCACGGUUGUUACUUCGUUGAAGUCUAAAGCGAGUCGUGGACCUUCGCAUGGAAAGAAGAAGCAUGCCGAAGGAAAGGGUGGAAAGAUUGGAGGUCGCGGCAAGGGACGUGGCAAGGUCACGGUACGCGAGAAAGGAGGUGCCGGGGGAGAUUACGACAGGGAUGGUCAUAAGCCAAUCACGCCUAGCAAAAGGGUAAUGCGGUACGUUUACUUUAUCGGAGACCAUUAUCCGGGCAUCAACUACGGGCACAGGGACUGCAUCGACAUUCGUAUGAGGGUGCCUGCGAAUAUGGGCUGGCUGUGGAACACCUUGUCCACUCCAGGCAGUCUGAAGCCGCGCAUUGGCUGGAGACCAGGUGCCAUAGGUCGAACCCUGUACGCGAUGCUGCAGGAGGCUAAGGAAGACACUUACACCCCGGAGGAAUCGGUGUCCGCGACGACCACGAAAUCGGCUGAUCGUGGAAGAACUGUUCGCGCAGGAAAAGGGGCUGGCGAUCGCGGAAGAUCGGCGACUGCGAGAGGAAGAGCAAUGAUUGGACGAGGAAGAUCGACGAUCGUGGAUCGCAGUCGCGGUAAAUCGGCAACGAGUACUCGGCAGAAAUCUCCUAGGAGACUUGGCGGACGAGCUGCUACGUCUAUGAAAGGAGCCCAGUCGUUGCUGGAGGACGACCAAGCGGGCAAAGACCCACCGACUCUCCACAUUCACAGAAAAGAUGGCACUUAUUACGUGACGAUGUACCCCAUUAGGCAAGAGCCAUCGGACGAGGCACACGUGGCCGAGCCUAUGAAGCCGCUGCAGUUUAAGAUCGUGAAGAACAAAGACGAAGCUUCGGUUGCGUCCAGUUCCACCGCGUCCGACAUGGAAAUCGAAUUCUCUCCUCCGGCGGCGGUCACCAGGCCCCGCAAGAAGCCCGACGUGAUUCACGUAGAAACGCAGGUCCGUCAGCAGGAGAUCCUGGACGAGAUCAAGGCGGAAACCGUGAAGAAGAAGGAGAAAAGAGGCAGACGAGAAAAGAAGCCGAAACCGGAGGCCGAGAAGAAGGAGGCAACCAAGGGAAAAGGAAAAGCUUGAGCGCUCUGAUAGAACGCGACGAGGAGUUCUCGGGAUGUAAUGAAGAGAAGAUAUUCAAGAUACUAUGGUGCCAUUGUGCAAGUCCCUCGAGAAUCCGAAUGAAAAUCUCCUCGUCGAUAUACUCGAUAUACAUUCAGACCUGUGCGUCGGAUUUGAAGCGGUGGGCGGCAUCUUCAGGAGGUCGUUGCUUACAGUCGUCGACACGUCGAUACAUUACCGACUACAGUUACAGCGUACGGUGUUCAGAACGGUGUACAGAAACAUUAAUUAAAACGUGUUAAUUUUCAUGUCUUCAACUUGCAAGACGUUGGAUACAAGUUGACCUAUUCUUUUCAAACCAUA